AUGGAUCCGCAACAAGACUCCGAGAACGUCUUCCACUUCCAAGCCAGGCCAAAGCCAACGACCAAAACCUUCACCCUCAAGGUCGAUCUUCAUGAUGGCAAACCACCACAGGACCUCGUAUACCGCAACGAUGAGAGCCCGAACACCACGGCGCGUAAAUGGCUGGAGGUCCGCGGUCUGGACCACGCAUACAUCAACGCUUUACGUUCGAUGAUAUAUGAACAGACUGGCGGUCAGAAGAUCCAAGGUCUUUGA